AUGAACCAAGAGGGUGUCAGUAUUGGAAGUUGUAGUCAAGUGGCUGGUGAGAGAGUACAUGUAGCAGCCAGUAGCUAUUUGGAGGUGGAAAAUCACCUUCGCAAGAAGGCGAGACUCGGCACCCAGCACGUGGAGGCGCCGAUGCAACACCAGCAAGCACACCCGUCUACCAAUGAUACACUGUCGUCAUCCUGUUCCAUUCCCACAGAAACUGUGGUAGCUGCCAAUCUUUCAAACUUAUCCACAUCAUCAUUAUCAAUACCAACCACAUCCAGUGGGAGUACCAUGGCAGCAUCGGAGCAAAAGCCCAUCAACAAUGCCAAGUCUGGACGGUGGUCCCUCGACGAGAAACUCUUGUUCCUCUACGGCUUGAGUGUCUUUGGGAAGGGACGAUGGAAGAAGAUCAGUGCCUAUGUGCCAGACAGAUCUCUGGUUCAAAUUAAAAGCCACGCUCAGAAAGUCUUGAAACGUUUGGAUGCUGGUGAGAAUGUCUUUCUGAGGUUGGAAGAAAACCGAGAACGCUUGAAGAGUUUGGUAGAGGAAGCCAAUCUACGGAUAGAUAGAAAAGAGGCCAAGGCCAACCUACUCUCCCCCAACAAGAAAAAGCGCAAACGAGCAUCGACGCGAAAACCAUCCGAACCUUACUCGGCUUUGAUUACAGAAGCUGCACCAUGGGAUCAACCUCACGAGUCUUGGCGCAAGCCAAACAGCACGCAAUGCUCGACUGCAUCUUCUUCUCCCGUGCCAUCGUUGCUAAGUGCAUCUGAAGAUCCACCGUGUGUGUCGUUGCAACCACCUGAGCAGAACGAUACUACGAUGGAGAGACGAUCAUCAGCAUCUAGUUGUACCAGUGCCACCACGGGCCAAGCUGCUCCACGCAACGUUCCUGUCGCCGGGACGGGUGCUGUCAUUGCGGCCGUGGCUGCCCUCUGUCAGCUUUCUGCUUCCUCUGACUGCUAG